UAGAAUGGUGGGUUGCCAAAAGUAAGAAGGAAAUAAGAAUAAAAAUGAUUUAUUUUUUUAAAUUAUAAUUAAUAUUUAAGUUUAAUAAACUUGUUCAAAGUUUACCCACCUGCAUGACAAACCCCGACGCACUCAAGUUUCAGAUAAACCUCUCAAAACCCCCACCAAAAACUACAGCCAUUAUAGCAGUGAAACGUUUCUCCAAAUUCUCCUAUGUUCUAACCAAAAAAUGGAUCUUUCAGUCCCAUUCAAACCAAACCCACUUCUUUCCACUUCAAACCCGCUCACGAAAACCGUUCGUUAUCCGAAACUCCCAACUCACAAGCCUAGAAUUUCCCGCCAACGUCCCAUUUUUAGAGUUUAUUCCUCCGCAAAUCCGGAUGGGUCAGAUGGGUUUUCUUGGCCCAGUAUUGUUCGGUCUAUUAGGGUCGGGUCGGAGAGGUUCUGGUCCAACUUUGGCCAGUCGGUCAAGAGGGAAACUGGGUUUGACUUUGAGGGGGCUAAUGUGAAGGUGGGUGAGUUGGUUGGGCGAGUUAAGAAUGAAGUGAAGAAGGGUGAGGCGGAGUUCAUUCGGUUCAGGACUGUUUUGGUGCCUGAGUUUGUGGAUUGGAAUCGUUGGGAACGUUGGAAGGAUGUCAAGAACUGGGAGCCUAAAAGGAUAGGUGCUUUAGUUCUCUAUGUUUUUGUUGUGAUUGUUUCCUGUCAAAGAAUAUAUGUAGCUAUUCGUGCUCCUUUCCUUGAUAGUCAAAGAAAAGAAGUAACAGAGGCUUUUAUGGAGGCAUUGAUUCCUGAGCCAUCCCCAAGUAAUGUCAGAAAAUUUAAGAAGAGUAUGUGGAGGAAGACAACACCUAAAGGUCUGAAAUUGAAGAAAUAUAUUGAAGGGCCAGAUGGGACAUUAAUUCAUGAUAGAUCUUAUGUUGGAGAAGAUGCUUGGAUUGAUGACCCAGAGCCAUCACAGGAAAAUGUGAAAAAAGUUAUUAACAGCAAUGAAAGGUUAAGUGCUGAAGAAAAGGAAAAACUAAUUGAAGACUUGGGAAUUUCAGAAGGUGAGGUUCAAGCAAACAAAGGUACUUGGCGUGAAAGACUUCGUGCAUGGAGGGAGAUCAUGGAAAAGGAAAAGUUAUCUGAAGAAAUAGAUUCCUUAAGUGCCAGAUAUGUAGUUGAAUUCGAUAUGAAAGAGGUUGAAAAAAGUCUUCGCAAGGAUGUGGUGGAGAAGGUGACAGAGACACAGGGAACCAGGGCUUUAUGGAUAGCUAAGAGAUGGUGGCGCUAUCGUCCUAAACUUCCUUACACUUAUUUUCUUGACAAGCUAGAUAGCUCUGAGGUUGCUGCUGUUGUCUUUACAGAGGACCUGAAAAGAUUGUAUAUAACAAUGAAAGAAGGUUUUCCAUUAGAAUAUAUCGUGGACAUUCCCCUUGAUCCUUUCUUGUUUGAGAUUAUCUCAAGUUCUGGAGUUGAAGUAGAUCUCCUUCAGAAACGGCAGAUCCAUUAUUUUCUAAAAGUUUUGAUUGCUUUUUUGCCUGGGCUUCUGAUUCUCUGGUUGAUAAGGGAGUCUGUGAUGCUUCUCCAUGUCACCUCAAGUCGUUUUCUUUACAAAAAGUAUCACCAACUUUUUGAUAUGGCUUAUGCAGAAAAUUUCAUCCUGCCAGUUGGAGAUGUUGGUGAAACAAAAUCUAUGUAUAAAGAAGUGGUAUUAGGGGGUGAUGUUUGGGAUCUACUUGAUGAACUGAUGAUUUAUAUGGGGAGCCCCAUGGACUAUUAUGAAAGAGGUGUCCAGUUUGUUCGGGGUGUUCUUCUGUCUGGACCACCCGGAACAGGGAAAACACUUUUUGCACGGACACUUGCAAAGGAAAGUGGGCUGCCAUUUGUUUUUGCUUCUGGUGCAGAGUUCACAGAUAGUGAAAAGAGUGGUGCAGCUAGGAUCAAUGAGAUGUUUUCUAUUGCAAGGAGAAACGCACCUGCUUUUAUAUUUGUAGAUGAAAUUGAUGCAAUUGCUGGAAGGCAUGCAAGAAAGGAUCCUCGAAGAAGGGCCACAUUUGAGGCUCUAAUUUCACAGCUUGAUGGGGAUAAAGAGAAAACUGGUGUUGAUCGGUUUUCACUUAGACAAGCUGUGAUAUUCAUGUGUGCCACUAAUAGACCAGAUGAAUUGGACCUUGAGUUUGUUCGCCCUGGUCGUAUUGACCGUCGUUUGUACAUUGGUUUGCCUGAUGCAAAACAACGGGUGCAGAUAUUUGGUGUGCACAGUGCAGGAAAACAACUUGCCGAAGAUGUUAACUUCAAACAACUUGUCUUCCGCACUGUUGGUUUUUCUGGGGCAGAUAUUAGAAAUCUUGUGAAUGAAGCAGCAAUAAUGUCGGUGAGGAAAGGACAUUCUAAGAUCUACCAGCAAGACAUUGUUGAUGUGUUAGAUAAACAAUUGCUUGAGGGAAUGGGUGUGCUUCUCACAGAGGAAGAGCAACAGAAAAUUGAACGAAGUGUGUCUGUUGAAAAGAAGAGACUGCUGGCGGUUCAUGAAGCUGGUCAUGUAGUAUUAGCUCAUUUGUUUCCUCGAUUUGAUUGGCACGCUUUUUCCCAGCUCCUGCCUGGUGGCAAGGAAACUGCAAUAUCAGUGUUCUACCCCCGUGAAGACAUGAUAGACCAAGGUUAUACAACCUUUGGCUACAUGAAAAUGCAAAUGGUGGUAGCUCAUGGUGGGCGCUGUGCAGAACGUGUUGUGUUCGGUGAAGACAUAACUGAUGGAGGAAAGGAUGAUAUAGAAAAGAUAACAAAGAUUGCUAGAGAGAUGGUGAUCAGUCCACAAAAUGCUAGGUUGGGGCUUGCCACUUUAACAAAAAGAGUCGGACUGUUGGAUCGACCUGAUAGUUCAGAUGGCGAAUUAAUAAAAUAUAGGUGGGAUGAUCCCCACGUCAUACCUGCCAAUAUGACACCUGAAUUGUCUGAGUUAUUCACUCGUGAGUUGACAAGGUACAUUGAAGAGACAGAAGAACUUGCAAUGAAUGCUUUAAGAGAUAACAGGCACAUACUGGACAUUAUUGCGAAGGAACUAUUAGAAAAGUCAAGGAUAACAGGAUUGGAAGUUCAGCAGAUGAUGAAGGAGCUGUCUCCUGUAAUGUUUGAAGAUUUUGUGAAGCCAUUCCAGAUAAACUUGGAAGAGGAGGGACCAUUGCCUCACAAUGACCGGUUGCGCUAUCAGCCAUUGGACAUAUAUCCUGCACCACUUCACAGAUGUUAAAACUCUCUCCCUCAACUCUGUUCCUGGCAAGAAAUAGAUGAAAGUUCCUGUGAUAACUGCACAUUAAGAUUCAGAAAUACAUGUAUGCUUUGUUGUAAAAGCCACUGCUUGAACCUAUCCGAGUCCAUUAGUGGGCAGUUCUUGGAUAAUACCAGCCAAAGUCUUGCUUGAGGUUUUUAACAACUGAGAAACAGAGAAUUUUGACAUUCCCGGCUUUAGAUUUCGACCUGAGGCACUGCAAUAUUUUUCGGUGGAACCCCUUCUUGUUUCUGAUCAAAUAUGUUCUCAUCUAAUAGUUUGAAUUGUAACAAUUUGAUUAUUUUGAAAGCUUGUAAUCUGUCUACAGAAACACAAAUACAGUCCAUAUUGUAUGCCAGUUUCAUAGGCAAUGAAAAUAAUACUAUUCAAUGA